AUGAAAAGCAAGAACGACACAGGGGUGAGUGAAUUCAUUCUCCAGGGGUUUUCCAGCUUCCGAGAACACAAGAUUAUCCUCUUUGUGAUAUUUCUUACCUUGUACCUUUUAACUCUGGCUGGCAAUGUCAUCAUUGUGACGGUUAUCAGCUUUGCUCGUCGCCUCCACACGCCCAUGUACUUCUUCCUUAGUGUGCUCUCCACCUCCGAGACCGUGUACACACUGGUCAUUGUUCCGCGGAUGCUCUGCAGCCUUACGGGUCUUAACCAACCCAUCUCCUUGGCUGGCUGCGCCACCCAGAUGUUCUUCUUCCUCACCUUGGCCAUCAACAACUGCUUCCUGCUCACGGCCAUGGGCUACGACCGCUAUGUGGCCAUCUGCAACCCCUUGAGGUACACAGUCCUCAUAAGCAAGAGGGUGUGUGCCCUGCUUGUAUGGGGGGCUUUCAGCAUUGGGCUGCUUGUGGCCAUAAUUCAGAUUUCCUCUGUGUUCAGACUGCCCUUUUGUGACAGAGAAGUGGCCCAUUAUUUCUGUGACAUCCUCCCAGUUAUGAAACUCUCCUGUGCGGACACCACUCUACAUGACAUAAUUAACUUUAUCAUCAGCUCACUUGUUAUUCUGGUGCCCAUGGGGCUGGUCUUCAUUUCCUACGUCCUCAUCAUCUCCACCAUCCUCAAGAUCCCCUCUGCCCAGGGCCGGAAGAAGGCCUUCGCCACCUGCGCCUCCCACCUCACGGUGGUCAUAGUCCACUACGGCUGUGCCUCCAUUGCCUACCUCAAGCCCAAGUCCGAGAACAGCAGGGAUCAGGAUCAGCUGAUCUCGGUGACCUACAUGGUCAUCACCCCCCUGCUGAACCCUGUGGUGUACACGCUGAGGAACAAGGAGGUCAAGGAUGCUCUUCACCGUGCUGUUGGCAGAAACCCUCUUGUCUAG